ACAGCAUAUCAAAACGAUUGGACGAACGCUGGGGGAAGACAUGGUGAUGGUGUAGAUGUUGCUUGCUUAUAAGAUUGUAUUCUAUCGAUCCCUGAGCCCUCGCCAGUCGUGAUAUUCACACAGGUACUGAGCCUGUUGAAAAUAACGCGCGCACGGAGAGUCUCUGCAUUACCACUGGAUCUUUGUGUAUAAAACGAUUGAAUAAAUGUUUCCUUGAUUUUCGAUAACCAAAAAACUGUGUUUGAAGCGUCCAAUAACAAAAAGAAACUUUUCUCCAAAGAUAAACAGGUGGUCGUUUUGGGAAGACGGUUUCAUUUCAUCCUUUAUACUACUGUUAACGACGGGAAUUGUGAGAGAUGCUAACACUCUCGUUGUAUCGAAGAAGAUGAAGCUGUGGAAUUCAGCAGCUUGCGAAAUAUUUGUCCUGGACACUCGAAUAAGAGUUUUACAGUAAGGAAAUUGAGAUCGUAACCAAGAUGAACCAAAGCGCAACUACCAUGAUGUACAACGUGACCUACAACGUCACCGACAACGUCACCGACAACGUCACGUUGUUUCCUCUCUCUGGCGUGGGGGAGGUAGGGGAACCGGCACAGGUCAUGCAGAAAUCCGGACUGGCCGUCCUGUUUAUUGGCCUCUAUAUAAUUAUUUUUACGCUGGGGCUCAGUGGCAACACGCUGGUGGUGUAUGUAGUAGUUCGGAAUAAAACCAUGCAGACAAUCACUAACAUUUUCAUCACCAAUCUCGCCGUAUCUGAUAUCCUUAUAUGCCUAUUAUCAAUUCCAUUUACCCCGCUUGGAUAUUUUCUGAAUUCCUGGAUGUUUGGAGAAGCUCUUUGUCACAUAGUCCCAAUGUCCCAAGCGAUUAGUGUCUAUGUGUCCACUCUGACCUCCACGGCCAUUGCUGUGGAUCGCUACUUUGUAAUAGUGUAUCCUUUUAAACCGCGGAUGAAGGUGUUUGUUUGUUUGCUCGUCAUAGUGGCCAUAUGGAUCAUAUCCAUUUCUAUAUCACUUCCGCUUGGUAUAUACAUGCAGCUGUCGAAGGGCAACACUGGGGACUGGAGGUGCACAGAGAAAUGGCCACGUGACCAAGCUGGUCAGUUUUUCACUGUCACAAGCCUCGUUUUACAGUACGUUGUGCCUUGUAGUAUUAUCACUUACUGCUAUUUUAAAGUCUCGCUGGCGCUCAAGAAACGCUCUAGGACUAAAAUAGGGAGUGGCUCAAAAUGCCGUGAGAGAGACGAGCAAGAAAUACGACGAAAGCGUCGAACAAACAGAAUGCUUAUCGCCAUGGUAACCAUAUUUGUGCUCUGUUGGCUUAUGCUCAAUAUUGUCAAUGUGACAGUUUCUUACGAAAAGAACUAUCAAUUUUGGUAUUAUUAUACACUUAUAUUUUUUAUUGCGCACGUAAUUGCUGUGAGUUCCACCAUAUAUAAUCCUUUCCUUUAUGCGUGGAUGAAUGAUAAUUUUAGAAAGGAAUUCAAACAAGUGUUGCCUUGCCUGUUCCGAGGCGAUCGGGAUCGCCACGUGAACGGAAGCACUACAAAUACUCAGUACACCAACGUUGACAAUCAGCCGUCUGUGUUGAUCAAUCGAUCACCCAUGAGAGAGCCGGACGAAAUGAACAACAUGAAAAAAUCCAAGGUGUUCUAUGAUACUGAAUCAGAAAAAGUGCAUCUUAAUCAGCUCAACGCAGAGACGACUGAUGAUUCCGCGUGAACUAAGCCUCAUCAAGGUACGAAUUAUUCAGGAACGACUGAUGAUUCCGUGAUAAAACAUUAUUCAAGGUACGAACUAAUCAUUCAGCAGCUUGUGGUGUGGGUAUCGAGGAUUUCUGUAGAGGAUGAGACGUGCGAAAUUAUCGCCAUUACAUAUUCUUUGUUGAUUAGUGUGUCAUUCAUGUAUUCAUACCAUUUUAAAAAAGAAUUCAGGAUGUUUUCCAACAUAAGAUACAUACAUGUAUGUAUAAUGAAAUUUUCCUCAUCUAUAUGGUGCAUGUUUUAGGUUCUAUUAUACACUGGAGUCAGGAGAGUAACGUUUUCAAUUAACAAUGAAAUAUCAAAUAAGAAAAACUCAAAAAAAAAAAAAAAAAAAAAAAAAAAAAAGGACCACGUGAUUGGUAAUGUACUACAAGCAUUUGAGGUUUAUUGAUAAACUAUGUACAUUUCUUUAUUUAUACAUUCGUUGUUGAAUUUUCUGCGUUUAAGAUCUGCGUUGUUGAAGCAUCGUAGGUCCCCCAGUGCUUCACGCCGUAGAUUGUAAAGCUAAAUCAAGUUGACCUGCAUACUGUAUACUGGGAAGGUUUAUUUUUUCGUUUUUGUUCAUUAUUGGUGAAACCACAUCCGCUUGCAUUAUUAUUUUUGAAUUAUUGCAUACAAUCUUGUAUGCUUCAAUAUCAAGUUUUGAAAGUCGCAAAAGUUAAGCAAAUGCUACUUCAGAAUAGACUUUAAGAAUUUGUGGCCAGGAAGAGUUUUCCAAAAUUUAAUUUUACAUCUGCAAUAUAAACACCCUUACACAGUAUGCCAGUAACUUUGCGGGGCUUCUCCCGUAAAUCAUUAAAGGUACACUAUUUGAUGUGACUUGGAAUAGACAAAAAACGCAUUUGUUACAAUGUAUAUUUUUAUUGUGACGUGGGUGUUGUUCUUUUAAAAAUAAAAGUCUUCUUCUUCA